AAUAUAAAUAAAGGGUUGAAAAAGUUGAUGGAGGGAGCUGGAGAGGAUCGGGAUCCGUGAUUUUGAUUCAUCUGUACUUGUAGAGCCUUUUUCUACUGCAAAGGGAUGGAUGACAAGUGCUAACUAAGCACUUUCUUCUUCUUCUUCUUCUUCUUCAUCCCUUCAUCGCCAAACACAAUGAAGGAAUUGGGCGUGGUUGCAAUCCUCUUUUCAAUAGAGUUCUUGGACGUUAUCGUCUACACUGUAAGCAAAGCAGCCAUGAAGAAGGGCAUGAAUGACUUUGUCUUUGUCAUGUACUCCAAUGCCUUCGCAACUUGCCUCCUCCUUCCCAUAACCUUCUUCUUUUACAGGAAAAGACCUCUUCCUCCACUCACAUAUUUCAUAGUUGCCCAAUUGUUUAUUAAUGGCUUUUUAAGUUGCAGUGUUCAGAUGCUCAGGUUUUUUGGAAUAGGUUACAGCUCUCCCACUUUGGCCACUGCUAUGUCUGAUUUAAUCCCUGCUUUUACCUUCAUUCUUGCCAUCGUCUUCAGGAUGGAAAAAUUGGAUUGGAAAACUAACAGUACUCGGGCCAAGUCCAUUGGCACAUUGGUAUCAAUCACUGGAGCCUUGAUAAUUACUCUGUACAAAGGCCAGGCAAUCAUAAACAAUCACCCAUCUAAUAAAUUGUUCCCCAAAAAUCUUAAUUCAUCUGAGCAAUUUGACUGGGUAGUAGGGGCAGUGUUGCUUGCGGGUCAUAGCUUUGUUCUCUCACUGUUGUUUAUAGUUCAGACAUGGAUAAUCAGAAAUUACCCUGCAGAGCUUGUCAUAGUGGUCACUCGCGGUAUAUUAGUUGCUAUGCUAUCUAUCCCACCUUCGCUGAUUUCAGUAACGGAUCCAAAAGAUUUGAGAUUGGGAUUUGAUGUGCAUUUGAUAGCUAUUGCAUUGCAAGCAAUUUUCGGUGUAUCCCUUCGAAGUAUUGUUCAUAUAUGGGUCAUGAGCAAGAAGGGGCCUCUGUAUGUUGCAAUGUUUAAGCCAAUUGGAAUAAUCUUUGCGGUCAUCAUGGGAAUUGCGUUUCUUGGUGACUCUAUCUAUCUUGGAAGUGUUCUUGGAGCAGCCAUAGUGGUUAUUGGAUUUUAUGCUGUUAUUUGGGGGAAAAGCCAAGAGCAAGCAAAGGAAGAGUGUGAAGUCUAUGACUCGGAAUCAUACUCGCCCGUUGUCCCUCUUUUGAAGAAGAAGAAAAUGGAGGAAUAGAAUCAUAGUAAUCAUUUUGUUUCCCUAGCUUCAAGAUAAAUGUCUCAUGUAAUAUUUUGAAAACAGGUUGAAUUAAUAAAAAAAUUUAGUCAUAAUUCUGUUGAUUUGAAACCUUAGUCUAAUUUGAUAAGAUAGUAAAAAAUAAUCAGCUUGAAACAUACAAACCAGUUUAUAGUGUGAUCAAUAAUAAAUAAUCAAGGCAAGGUAUGCUAAGCCUUUUCUGUUUA